AUGUCGGGCCUUCCCAACGAUCACGACCCUAACCGUCAGGGUGAUCCAAAUCGUCAGGAUCCUCGAGAUAGAGAUCCUAGAGAUACAAGAGAUCCUAGAGCCCAGUGGAACAAUCCGGAUGAGCAGGCUUCCUACCCAUAUCCGCCGACUUCCUACCCUCCGCCACCUGACCAGGACCGUGCCUACCAAUAUCCUCCUCCCGCACAAUACGCGCCAUCUCAGUAUCCCCCUCCUCCGCAGUACGCCCCUUCACAAUAUCCCCCGGCGCAGUAUCCGGAUCCAAGAUAUCCGCAUCCACAAGCCAUGAACGCCAUUCACGGAGCGCAAGAUCCCUACCGCCUCCCUCCUCCGCCGGGUCCUUAUCGCGCCGAUACAUAUGGACCCCAAGCAGGACAAGGGCCUUAUCAAGCAGCAGCUCCGCGUCAGCGAACGGCCAUUGCAUGCCGUUACUGUCGGCGCCGGAAGAUUCGUUGCUCUGGGUUCGAGACCUCGGCAGAUGGACGGUGCAGCAACUGUGUUCGAUUCAAUCAAGAUUGCAUGUUCACUCCAGUCUCAUCUCAAACUCAAGCCUUUGUGCCCGCACAUACUGCCUACCCUCAUCUACGACCUGGACAGAAUGGACCUGGACCAGGCAGCCGCGGUGGACCACCUGUCCUGUAUGGCGCUCACGGACAGCCUCUGCCCCCUCAACAGCAGCCGCAGGGUCCAGAGACCACCUUGCCGCCGCCUCAAGGGAUGUACUAUCAAAACGGACGACCCCCCAUGGAUGGUGCCCCGCUUCCCCUUGCAUCAACCAUGCCCGAUCCGAGACAUCGUCGAGGCUCAAACUCUGGAUUCGAGUACCCCGAUCCAACCAAUCUGGCUCCCGUGACACCUGCCGGAUCUGCCCCAGGAUACCAAACUCACACCACGCCGAGCCCUUACGCAUAUCCCCCUCCGCCUGCUCACGAUCGACGCACUUCGCCGCCAUCCGCUUAUAACUAUGAUGCACGCCCCUCCUCCUCACCUCACGGCUCGCCCUUCCCACCUAUGCAGCCCCACCAGGCGCCCAUGACUCCACACCAGGGCAGCGUACCCCCGGUCUCUGCUCAGCAGGGCAGCGCACCAAUCAAGCAAAGUGGUACUCCUCAGCCAGGGGGUGUGACACCUCCGCCAACCUCUACCCCUGGUGGCUCCCAACGAGGUGGAUUGAACGUGCGCGAUAUGUUGAACCCCGGCGAUUCCCAAGGCCGUUCUAGUACCGAUAGCGAUAUGCUCAACGCGCUGAAUCGCCGUGGUCCGCAAUAG